AUGGGGAAGUCUGAAAAACAGUGCCGGGAUUUUAUCAAUGAGUGGAAACCAGCUAUCGAGAAAUUUGGGUUGUUCGAUAGAACAAGGGAAGAGUUAUCUUUGAAAAUAUUACAAAUUCAUGAAGUGAAAGCUGCAUUAAAGUCUAUGGACUCUAUACGAGAGAAAUGGGGUUCCAAAGAUGCUGAGGUUCAUAAGCUUCGCUCAGAUAACGAUAAUCUAUACAAGGAACUAAUGGCUAACGAUGUUAAAUUGAAAACUGUGCAAGCUGAGUUAAUGGAUGCACGAAGUCAAAUCCGUAUUCAGUUGGACCAAAACAGUGCACUGAAAGCAGAUUUAGAAGAAUAUGAUAAGAAACUUAUUUUUGUUAGAGAUAUCUUAAAGAACUCUUUGCCUUCUGAGAAAAUGAAAGAACUUGCUUUCCUCAAAAAUCCAGGUUUGAUCAGAACCCAUUCUACGAGACUUGCUAAGCAAUCCAAAGUUGAAGUGGAGAUCGAAGAUGAUACUACCAGUGAUAAUCUUGAUUAUGAUCAAACUGGAGAUAGCAUGGAUUUAGACGAUGACGAGAAUUCUCAUUGCCGAAGGUCUUCUGGUGUUCGAGGCAAACGAUCUAGCGCUGCUUUAAAUAAUAAGAGAAAUCGUAGCCGAGUAAUAACAAGCCCGAUUGACGAGGAAGAAGUUGAGAACGAGGCUCCCCGUAAAAAGUCGAAAGAAUAUAUGAACCAGAGUAUUGUAAGGCUUGAUAUUGAAACUUCAAGACCGAGUAGAAGUACGAAAGUUACCAUAAGGAGGAGCUUGAACCGUAGUAUGUCAGAAGGAAGAAUAUUGGAAGACAUAGAAAACAAACGGCACAUCACUCUUAAAGGUCUUCAAAGUACCCCUCAUGCUACCAGCACAUUGGAUCUGAGAAAACACACUCCUGGAUCUGCUCGAUCAUGGACCAGCAAAGGUCCGUUGGAACGCAGAGAACAUUCUUUUGAAAAACUAUCCACAUAUUUCAAGAUGACUAAUUGUGAUGUAUGUCAUGGUGGAAUUAACUUUGCAGCUAAGCCUGCCAUGAAGUGUAAAGACUGUCAUCAACAUGUUCAUGUUACUUGUGGAAGAAAGCUGGCUCUUCCAUGUAUUCCGCGUUCUGCCACCCCGAUAAAAACUCCUAGCAAAUCAAGAGGCCAAACAACUGCUUAUCGGCUGAAGGACUUUUGCCCAUUAUCGUCUCCGAUGAUUGCAUAUCCCAUAAUUCAUUGCGUAGUUGCUCUGGAGAACCGUGGUUUACAUCACGAAGGGAUAUACCGUGUACCUGGAAAGAAAUCUCAAGUCACAGCGGUGUUGAAUGAGUUACGAAACUCUCGCGCGAUUCCGAAGCUUGAACUGCAAGAUAUCGAAGUGAUUUCAGAUUGCAUUAAGCAAUUCCUAAUGGAGCUAAGAGACCCCCUUAUACCCAAAUCUUCAAGAGAAGAGUUUGUUCGAGCUGCGCUGACCACUAACUACACAGCGUUAAACGUAGCAAUUUUUGAUUUACCACAACCAAAUAGAGAUACUUUAGCUUAUCUCAUUUUACAUUGGCAGAAAGUAAUUGGUCACUGUCAGCAAAACAAAAUGCCUAAAGAGAAUGUUGCUCGAUGUGUCGCUUUAAGCGUUAUGGGACGUUCAUCAUAUGCUCGUGGAGACCUCGGAAGUGCCUCCCGAGAGACAGGAGAAUUGGAAAAGGUGCUCUUGGCACUGCUGACUAUUUCACCGGUAUAUUGGCAAAAGUUUAUAAAUCAAGAGGCCCUAAGUGCCGGUAUGCUUUCUGCAGUUUCGAAUACGAAUGAAUCAUGCGAAAGCCCAUCGCCUGUUGACCGGAGUAUGUUGGGUCCUGUGAAAAGUUCUCCUCAAAGUACGCCUUACCUCAUUCGUACCCGACGUCAAAAAGAUCGAUUGUUCGAUGCACCUAAUUAUUGA